UUAUUUAUGGCAGCAAUGGUGGCAAAAUGGUGGCAAUGCUUACUUUUUCCAUUACAGUGUAACAAUUUUCGUGUUCUUAUACCAAUUAAAUUAAUUAAUUGCAUUUCGUAAAAAGAUUUAGUGUUAACAUUCACGAAAUAUGUCGGGUACUAUACUCGAGAAUCUCAGUGGACGGAAAUUGUCCAUAUUAGUUACUCUCUUACUAUUAAGUCAAGUAGUAUGUUUCCUUUUGGGUGGUUUUAUGGCGCCGCUACCAGCCGGGCACCAGGUAAUAUUAGGUAUGGUAUGUAAGGACACACCAAGACGUCAAAAUGACACAACCUUCUGGCUGCACUUACGUGGGGAAGGAAAAUGUGCAGCGGUCUCACAAGAAGAUAUCGAGCGGCACGUCACCAAAAUGGCCAAUGAGAUAGUGUAUAUAUUUCAAAUGCCUUUGCCGCGUGGAGAAGAAUUAGAUUAUUCGCGGUGGCAGCAAAAUUUAAUUGGCGUGUUGCAAGUGGAUAUUGCGUAUGACUCGGAUGUGUCACUGGUUGAACCGCCAAAAGAUCUACAAUUAAUUGUUGAUGCUCGUUUAGCUUACAGAAAUAAAGGUGACAAGAAAAAUGAUUGGAAACUUUACGCACAUUCCUUAGAGAAACGUUAUCUUGAUUGCAGCCUGAAAACAGCGAGCCAGGAGGAAUCGCUGUUUUCUUGUGACAUGGUGCCACUAUUUGAAUUGGGUGAUUUGCAUCAUGAUUUCUAUUUGCUUAAUUUACGUUUUCCAAUUGAUACUGAUAUGAAAAUGAAUAUCAAUAUGGGUCAUAUGCACGACUUAACGCUAACGGUCAUACAUCAGAAUGGUGGGUUUACAAAAGUGUGGCUGUCACUCAAAACUGUACUUUUCCCCUUUGUGGUCGCUAUAAUGAUUUGGUUUUGGCGUCGCGUGCACAUCCUCCAACGUUCGCCGGCUCUACUAGAAUAUAUGCUUAUCUACCUUGGCGGCGCAUUAACAUUUUUAAAUUUCCCUCUGGAGUAUCUUUCUUUAUACAUAGAAAUGCCAUAUAUGUUACUACUGAGUGACAUCCGCCAAGGAGUGUUUUACGCAAUGUUGCUCUCAUUCUGGCUGGUGUUUGCUGGGGAACAUAUGUUAAUUCAGGAAUCGCCAUAUAAAUCAACAAUACGUUCGCGCUACUGGAAGCAUUUGUCCGCGGUAGUAGUUGGCUGUUUGUCACUUUUUAUUUUUGACAUCUGUGAGCGUGGUGUACAGAUGCGAAAUCCCUUCUUUUCCAUUUGGACCACUCCUUUGGGCGCUAGAGUGGCAAUGAGUUUCAUAAUUUUGGCUGCAAUUUCUGCAGCUAUUUAUUUCCUUUUUCUGUGCUACAUGGUUUGGAAAGUUUUCAGGAAUAUUGGCGCAAAACGAACUUCACUACCAUCUAUGUCUAAUGCGCGUCGAUUACAUUAUGAGGGUCUUAUAUAUAGAUUCAAAUUUCUGAUGCUAGCAACCCUACUUUGUGCCGGUUUGACAGUGGCUGGCUUCAUUAUGGGGCAAGUAGCAGAAGGCCAAUGGAAAUGGGACGAGGAUAUGGAAAUACAAUUAACAUCGGCUUUCCUGACCGGUGUUUAUGGAAUGUGGAAUAUUUACAUUUUUGCACUACUUAUCCUCUAUGCUCCAAGCCACAAGCAAUGGCCAUCAAAUAACUCUGAUGAAACUACACAGUCGAAUGAAAACAUUGUUGCUGCGGCCGCGAGUGAAGAAAUUGAAUUUAGCCAUUUACCCUCUGAUUCAAAUCCUAGUGAAAUUUCAUCGCUUACUUCGUUCACUAGGAAGGUAGCAUUCGAUUAAAAGGAAGCAUAUAUUUUAAUAAAAAGCUGUUAUUAGCAGCGUUUAAAAUAGACUGAAACCUGGCUAAGAAAUGGUAAUUCAAAUUGGUAUAUCUUUGUAUAUACAAAACAUAUGUACUUAAAUAUUGUGAACAUUAAGCGAAUAUUAAUAAUAUAUUUACUCAUCAAACUCCAUUUUAUAUAAAAUAAGCCACAACUUAAAGAUGCAUUGACAAUUUAAUGUCUUAAAUUAUUUUAUACAUAUAUUUAUCUUGCCGUACAGAAAUUAUAAUCUCAAAGCAAGCGUCGAUAUUAUUUUACAUAAUUUUACUCCGUUCUUAAUGUUAGUAUUAGACGCACAAAUGUUCAUUAUAAUAAGAACUAAAUAUUAACAGUAUUAUGUUUGAAGAUCUUUGAAUAUACAUAUUUAUUAGGUAAAAAGGAACAUUAUUUGCCCCUUCACUUAACUUAAUAAUUA